ACAAGUUUUACCAGCUACCAAACAUUUUCAUUAGUUCGUACCAAGCAGACUCGAAAUAAGUUAUUCUGUUUUCAGAAUUUUUUCUAGCUGCUUUAUUCAGUGCUAGCCGCGCCGGGAAAAUGUAAUGUGAUAUACGAGCAUGUAUUUUUAUCAUCCUCAGCCUACCGGCAUGAUAUGCCAUGCAUACUGCACACAUUAUAACUCUGAUGUUUUUUCUUUGGUUUGACGGGAUACUGGAUUUUAUACCAUGAUUAUCAAAAGCUAAUGGUCGGGUACGGUUGUCAGAAACCCAACGCCGAUGGCGUAACGUGCGAUACGCCGGUUAUAUGGGCGGAAACACGCACCAGCCCCGAUCAGCUGUCAGCCAGCGACAUGGCCACUUUGGACAGCCUUAUUAAUACGGCGCUGCAUCCGUUGUGCGUCAAAGUGGAUAAUGUACCCAAACAGAUCUACGACUCCUCCAAACCGACAUGCUCCUUCCCGGCCAAUCCGCACCGUGUGUCACCUCGUUAGUGAAAGGCAUGCAGGCUGUAGCGCCCACCAAUGCCUCAACGAGGCCAGCCGACAACAACAGUGUCAAGUUCAACUAGUUACAGUGUGACGUCGAGCUCCAAUACCGCCUCGAGCUGCAACUGGCCGUCCAUUGCGCCGUCUAAUUUGAUUUAUGAUCCUAGCAAGGCAUCCGGCAUUUGGUGGGUGUACCGGUCCAUGUUCUCUCCGGAGGCGGAAGCCGUCGGUAUGCGGUUAUUCUGGCAUAUUCUGGGCCCGGCACCGCUGCCCAUGACCAAUUUCACGGGGGAUUUUGUGUGGUGCGAGUUAGUUCAGUACAAUUCCAUCAACGACACGCAGUGCAAUCAUGGCUCGUGGACCGGGUAUCUUGCUACCACCGGGCAGAAUGUCGGCUUCCGCUUUUUAACCGUCGACAACGGAGACGGCAACUCGCCAGCCGUGCCGGCACGUUCGUUGACCCUGUACCAAGACGAUAACUACCAGUUUUACUACGUCUGCCUGAUUAUUAAUCCUUUCACCGGCAACUGCGAUUCGCCCUUCGCCACCAUCAGCGGCCGCUCCAAUCCGACCAGCUGGACGCAGGCCGAGAAGGAUCACGUGGAUAACGACAUCAUCCUGCCGCUGAUCAAGCAGUGGGGCUGCACGGCCAAGGAUAUACCGUUUAUGCAGCAUCCCAGCAGUAAACCGGUCUGCGAUUUCUCCGGUUCCACCACGUGCUUGAAUCAGUUCAGUACCGGUUAUAGCGAGCUGAUCAAAGCGGCGCAGUGUAUUAAAAAUUUAGAAUGUACGCACAUUAUUACAGGCAUAUAGUGAUUUGGUUAUGCAAAGAGAGCAAUACUAAUGUGGAGUAGCCUUUGUCCAUUUUUGCGGCAAAUGAGUGUAUCUGCUUCUAUGAUCUACAUACAAAAAUUUUAGAAAAACUGUGUCGCUACCUGGUUUUCGAAAUUAACACUCACUACUCAGUAUGUUUUCCAGUGAUAAAAAUAUCUAGGGUAGAUAAAUACGAAAUGCAGCAGUUAAAUACGUACAUCUAGGUUUGAUUCAGCGUCAACAUCCAGUUAAAAAACGACGUUCACAGAUUUGCAAAAUGCGUGGCUAUAAUUCUAAGGUUUAGAGCACUCUCACUAGGCCUCACAUGCAUACGAUUUCCGCGAA